AUGGCACGCCUCUGGAAAGGAACCGCAGAGAUGCUGAGGGAGUUCAGGAAACAACGGAGCCAACUAGUAGCAGUGAUGCAGCAANNNGUGGCGAUUUUGCAUGGCACGCCUCUGGAAAGCAACCGCAGAGAUGGUGAGGGGAUUCAGGAAACAACGGAGCCAACUAGUAGCAGUGAUGCAGCACGAGAUCAAUUCUACCAUGCAUGGCAGGGCCAUGAUAAUGACUCUCUCAUUCAGUCGGCUGAUGCCAUACACGAAGCACGUUGCCCUUCGAGUGGAACGCAAACUUGA